AUGUCCAAGGCAUUCACCAAGUCCCUCCUACUCUACAAUAAGAUCCUAGUCCGACGGCUCAGAUCCCUCAUCGCCCGCGCGCCGCUACCGUCGGCCACCGCAACAGAGAGGCAGCCACCACCUCACAAGAGCGCCGGCGCCAGUGCCGGCACCGUGGUCUGCGCGGUGGAGGGCGGCCUGCUGAUGUCCGCCUCCACCUUCCCGUACUUCAUGCUCGUCGCCCUGGAGGCUGGCGGGCUCCUCCGGGGCCUCCUCCUCCUCAUGCUCUACCCUCUCCUCCGCGUCCUCAGCCACGAGCUGGCCACGAAGGCCAUGGUCAUGCUGACCUUCGCCGGACUCCGGAAGGACGCGUUCGGCCGGCUGGGCAUGGCCGUCAUGCCUAAGCUGUUCCUGGAGGACGUCAGCGCCGAGGUGUUCCAGGCGGCGACGUCGUCCGCGGCCGCGACGCGGCGGGGACGCCGAAGGCGGUGCGUGUGCGUGAGCGGUAUGCCGAGGGCGAUGGUGGAGCCGUUCCUCAAGGAGUACCUCGCCGUCGACGCCGUGGUGGCGCCCGAGCUGAAGGAGCUCGGGGGUUACUACCUAGGAAUCGCGGAGGACGAAGGCGAGGUGGUAAGGAAGAUGGACGUGGAGGAGGUUAUCGGGGACAAGGGCGGCGCGGUCGUCGGUAUUGGUGGGCUGGGGUGCUCGUUUCAGCAGCUCUUCCGAACGUAUUGCAAGGAGGUGUACGUGCCGACCGAGUCCGCGCGGCGGCGACGCGGGGCGCUCCACCCGCGGCGGUACCCGAAGCCGCUCGUCUUCCACGACGGCCGCACGGCGUUCCGGCCGACGCCCACGGCCACGCUCACCAUGUUCAUGUGGCUCCCGCUGGGCGCGCCGCUGGCCCUGCUCCGCGCCGCCGUCUUCCUCCUGCUCCCAUUCUCCCUCUCCGUGCCCCUCCUCGCCGCCCUCGGCAUGCACAACCGCAUGAUCGCAUCCUCCUCCUCCCCGGACCCCUCGCCAGACCUCGCCGCUGCCGGAGGCACCAAGAAGAAGAACAACAGCCUCUUCGCGUGCAACCACCGGUCCCUGCUCGACCCGCUCUGCGUCUCCGCCGCCGCCCGCCGCCGCGACCUCGCCGCGGCCACCUACAGCAUCAGCCGCCUGUCGGAGCUGCUCUCCCCGAUCCCCACGUUCCGGCUCACCCGCGACCGUGCCGCCGACCGCGCGGCCAUGCAGGCCCAGCUCUUCCGCCGCUCCAGCGGCGGCGGCCUGGUGGUGUGCCCGGAGGGGACCACGUGCCGGGAGCCGUUCCUGCUGCGGUUCAGCCCUCUGUUCGCGGAGCUGGCGGCCGGCGGCGUGGACGUGGUGCCGGUCGCGCUGCACCUGGCGGUGGACAUGUUCCACGGCACCACCGCGGGGGGCAGGAAGAUGCUGGACCCGCUGUACCUGCUCAUGAACCCCGUGCCGUCCUACCUCGUGCAGUUCCUCGACCCCGUCGUCACAGGCGAGGGCGCUGGGAAGGAGGGGGCGCGCGCGGUGGCGAACGAGGUGCAGCGCCGGGUGGCGGAGGCGCUCGGGUACGAGCGCACCGGACUGACCAGGAGGGACAAGUACCUCAUCCUCGCCGGCAACGAAGGGGUCGUCGGCGCCGACGACGGCGGCAAGAAGAAUUGA